AUGAAGCUUCUCAUGGUUGUACCGAAACACGAGUGGAAUAAUGAAGAUUAUGAUCCCGCACUUGAUUCUCAGAAAAAAGAGAAUCAGAAGGAGAACGUUGAAAUCCUCAAAAAGCCCAGUAAAAGUAAGGAGUUGGUUGAGCCAAUCGUCAAGACUCUGAAGCAGAUCGUUGAAGAAACCAUUGAAAAGAAGAAAGAGAGCUGUUGCUUAAACCCCAAGAAAUGCUGUAUCCUCUCCGGCAAAGUUCACAAAGUUAUUCCUCCAUGUGUGAAGAAGACUGUUCGUCGUCUCGCUUUAAAUUAA